AUGUGUUUGCUUGACGAUGACGAGCUAUUUUCUGAAUUUAAAGAGAAAGUAUUUUUCCUCUGUAUUCCCUUUGUGCUGUCAGCAAAAAUUGUUCAUUUCUGUUCCACCUUUAACAUUAGACCAAUUAGCAAGGCCGUGAAACUUGAACUUGUUUCUUUUGAAAAAGACACGACCAUAUCCUCUCUAGUAAUUGAAAGAAUUCAGUUAGUGUUGAAGUAUCUAAAAAUGUAUUGCAACUACAGAGGAUUCGGUUAUGCCAAUGUUGAGUUCAAUAUCAUUACUACAAGAUCUUUGGUCACAAAAGUUACGCUUAGUCAUCCUUCCAACGCAAUGGCUUCAAAAGUCGCUGAACGAAAUGAUUGUGAAUUUCAUGCAGAUAUCAGCAGUAAUCAAAUUUAUGUGAAUUCCAAUAUCGAACAGUUGCCGAAGGUCAUGCGCUCACAUGACUUUGCUUCUUCAAUUUUGCAACUGAUCAAAGUAACUCCUGAAAAUUUACACGAGCUUAAAUUAAUGCUGGAUUGUCUGGCCAAUCUCAACAACGAGGAAGAAAUGUUUCAGUAUUUUAGCUCUAAAAGAUUCAUCACAAACUAUGACCGAAUUUCUUCCAAAUCAAAAUAA